UGCCAGCGUUUGUUCCUCCCGAGCUUGUCCACGAAAUUCUCCGCCAUUUGAUAGAGGCGUCACCCCCACGCUCAGUAAUACCACCCUACAGAGCGGGUCUCAACCCAAAACCGCGGUGGGACGUCAUUCAGUCAUUUACCCUAGCUUCACAAGACUUCCGGCACAUGGCACUGUCAAUCUGGUUUCAAUAUUUAUAUCUUAGAUCAUCGCGCGAGGUUAACGACAUCGAGCAGUACUUUCCCGAGCUCAAGAGCAGCUGGUGCAGGUAUCUUCACUGCGUCCAGACCAUUGAAGAUAGGGAUUACAUAUGGAGUCUUGCCGGAUUCAGGCGUUUACAUACCGUCCGCAUAGAUUGGCUCUCCCGUGAGCUGACACGGGUGCUGGACCCGAUCCUGAGCGGAGAUAUGGUCCCGUUCGUCGACCUCGAAUGUCCUGUCCAGGAACUUGACAUCCGGGCCUUGAAAUACGGCUCUCCGAUGGCCCUGAAAGCUCUGACGGCUCCCUUCAAGGAUAUUGUCAUUCUCAAACUUGAAUUCCUCCGGGUAUGGUGCGGCCUAUGUCAUACCUGCGUGCUCGUAAAAUUCCCUCCGCAUGGUCCCGAAGAACUAGUUUACGAGGGAGGUCUCGGUUUGCCAGUUCACUACGCACGCGUUCUACAACAUCUCAUUCACCUCGAAGAAGUGUAUAUAACCAUCCCGGAUAUUGGUGCCGACUUUAUCUCGUCCCCAGACCCCUUGACCAACUCCAAUGAAAACAUGUGGGUCGGAGAGUGCAAUCGUUGCACUUGGUUGAUGUAUGACGACGAGACAUUUCGGAAGAGCUGGGUGGCGAGGAAGAAGGGAAUAGUGCUCGGAGAUGUCGACAAAAAGUCGGUAUACAUGAAGCCGCCAAGUCUCCAAAGAGUCCGGUGGAAUUUCUGGAAAUUUCUGGGCUCGGGGAAUACGACAACAUAUUCGCAGGCAGACGUUGUUUCCGACGUUGAACAUGACCCAGAGCAAGAAGAGGAAUCCGAAGACGCCGAAUAGG